AUGGUCGUGCGCGUGAUUUCACACAGUGAAACAAUAAAGAAUGAGGAGGAGUGUAAGAUCGCCGACCUGUGUGUCCACGAUAAGGUCCCCAUGUGUGGCAUCGACUCCUGCGGAGAGAUGCGGACCUUCAUAGACUCCUGCGACAUGCACGAAUUCAACUGCGACAGCCAAAAAGAUUUCAAGCAGCGACCUAUCCACGAAUGUUGGGUAACAUGUAAAAGAGGAAGAUCGUUCAAAAAACCAGAAUUCAGAACAGACUGCAACAUUAACGCAAAUAAGAAUCGAAUUUAA